AUGACGGGGGAAGGAGCUGGGGGAGGCUCUGACAACGCGUGGAGUUUGAUCUUGAGUGCAGACCAGACCAAUCACGCCGAAUUGACGACCAACAGACCUGUAACGCAGUUCAAUGCGGACGCCGUUGAAUGGAGUGCAGCAGCCGUCAAACUGUGCAAGGGUGGCAUGGUGCGUCUUCAAGUGGCGCCGCCAUCGUCGCACAUGCAGGAGUGGGCCAUGAAGCCGCACGCCAUCGCAUGCGUUGACAGGGCUCUGGACCUGGUCUCUGGGUGCAUCAUGCCGAUCAUCAAUUAUCCGGAUGAGUUCGGGCUUGUCAAUGGCGGCAGCCGAAGCGGCGGUCGGUGUAUGCCGGUGGAAGUUGGCGUUGAUACUGUGCGACAGGUCGCGUCUGCGAGGUGA